UUUAAAAUCUUCGAAUCUCCCACAGGAUUUUGAUAUCUGUUCCUCUUUUCGGAAUUUUGAUCAUUUCCCUUUUCGGCUUCUAUUCAAUUUGGUUUCCUUCCAUUCUCUUGGCAUUUCCUCCUCCCCAUUGCAAUCUAUAUCUAUCAUCGUUAUUUAAUUGUUCUUGUUUCCUUUUCUUUGAUUUGCGCAUCGCAUUUUCCCAUGAUAGAGUGUACCAUUUACGGAUUUCUCUCCUUGGAGUUUGAUCUUUUCAUCAAUGUGUUACCUUUGUUGAAGAGUUUGUUGCGCAUAUAUUGGGAUGAUGAUGAAUAUGAAGCUCUUAGUGCGAGUGAUUGAGGCACGUAAUAUACCUGGAAAUGACCCAAAUGGGCUGAGUGAUCCCUAUGUAAAAUUGCAGUUGGGGAGGCAGAAGUUCAGGACUAAGGUGGUAAAGAAGUGCUUGAAUCCAUCAUGGUGUGAAGAAUUCACCUUUCGGAUUGAUGAGUUUAAGGAAGAGCUUGUUAUAACUGUUCUGGGAGAGGAUAAGUACUUCAAUGAUGAUUUUGUUGGCCAAGUUAAGUUCAACCUUUCUAAGGUUUUCGAAACCGAAGGCAAAUCCCUUGGCACUGCUUGGUACACUUUGCAGCCCAAGCAGAAGAAGUCUAAGAAUAGGGACUGUGGUCAAAUUCUCCUCACUAUUUGUUUCCCUCGAAACAAUUUGUUGGUGGACACACAAACUGGUGGUGAUCUUGCUCCGUUGACAAAGAAAUAUACUGAUGCGGGAAGUGAAUCUAUUUCAAGGGCUUUGCCUUUAAACUUUCCAUUACCAGGAGGGAGUUUAGAAGAAGCAAGCUCAUUUAAAGAUGAAAAAUCAAAUCCACAAACCUUGGUUGGCCGACUUUAUCAAAUUUUCAAUAAAAAUGGUGAUGGAGUACCCAUGCCUUCUGUUAAAGUUUCAGAUAUGCCAGAUAUAUCUGGAAGUGUUGGUACUUUGGAUAAUGAGGAUACACAAGAGGAGCAGUUGUCAUCAGUAAGUUUUGAAGAAAUGAUGAAAAACAUGGAGAUGAGAGAAAAUGAGAGUGAAAUUCCAAGUAAUUUACCAGGAGUAGUUGUGGACCAAAUUUUUGCAACAGCACCACAUGAACUGAACUCAUUGCUCUUUUCGCCUGACUCAAACUUUCUUAAAUCAUUAACAAAUAUGCAAGGAUCCACGGAAUUGAAUGUAGGUCCUUGGAAGUUCGAGAAUGGCAGUGAGAAUUUGAAAAGAGUAGUUUGUUUUAUUAAGGCCCCAAGUAAAUUGGUCAAGGCUUUGAAAGCAAGUGAGGAGCAAACUUAUAUGAAAGCUGAUGGGAAGACAUAUGCAAUAUCAUGCACUGUGAGCACCCCAGAUGCUCCUUAUGGGAGCACAUUUAGGACAGAAGUGCUUUACUGCAUCACUUCUGGUCCUGAACUGCCUUCAGGAGAAGAGUCUUCAAGAUUGGUAGUUUCUUGGAGGAUGAAUUUCUUGCAAAGUACGAUGAUGAAAAGUUUGAUUGAAAAUGGUGCAAGACAAGGUAUAAAAGAGAAUUUUGAGCAAUUCUCAAGUUUAUUAUCUCAGAACGUGAAGCCAGUUGAUGCAAAGAACAUCGGUUCUGAGAAGGAGCAGCUUUUGGCAUCUCUUCAAGUGGAGCCCCAGUCAGACAGGAAACUGGCUAUUCAGUAUUUUGCUAAUUUUACUGUAAUUUCAACAUUUCUCGUAGGGUCAUAUGUGCUUUUGCACAUCUUGCUAGCUACACCUAGCACAAUACAGGGACUAGAGUUUGUUGGGCUUGACUUGCCAGAUUCUAUUGGUGAGUUGAUUGUUUGUGGUGUACUAGUACUGCAGGGUAAGCGUGUACUGGAACUGGUGUCACGCUUUAUGCAGGCAAGAGUACAAAGAGCCAAAGGUGGUGACCAUGGAGUCAAAGCACUAGGAAAUGGUUGGCUGUUGACUGUUGCAUUGCUUGAAGGAAGUGAUUUGGUGGCAGUUGACUCAGGCGGGUUUUCUAAUCCAUAUGUGGUUUUUACUUGCAAUGGUAGAACUAGAGCCAGCUCAAUUAAGUUCCGAAGUUCAUCUCCGAAGUGGAAUGAAAUAUUUGAGUUUGAUGCAAUGGAGGAGCCACCAUCUUUGCUGAAUGUUGAAGUUUUUUAUUUUGACGGACCCUUUCAUGAAGCUACGUCUAUUGGACAUGCUGAAAUCAAUUUUAUAAAAACUAAAAUAUCAGAUUUGUCUGAAAUUUGGAUUACCCUUCAAGGGAAGUUAGCUCUAGCCUGCCAGUCUAAGUUGCACUUAAGAAUAUUCUUGAAUAAUACAAAGGGUAGCAACGCUGCCAAAGACUAUUUGUCUAAGAUGGAGAAGGAAAUUGGAAAGAAGAUAAAAUUACGGUCUCCACAGACAAAUUCAGCAUUCCAAAAACUUUUUCGUCUUCCACCAGAGGAGUUUCUUAUCAACGACUUCUCUUGUCAACUGAAGCGCAAAAUGCCCCUUCAGGGCCGUCUAUUUUUAUCUGUAAGAAUAAUGGGAUUUCAUGCAGAUCUGUUUGGACAUAGGACAAAUUUUUUCUUUCUUUGGGAAGAUAUAGAAGACAUUAAAGUCAUUCCCAAGACUUUGGCAUCAAUUGGCAGUCCAAUUGUCAUUGUAACUCUAAAGUCGGGCAAAGGGUUUGAUGCAAAACAUAGUGCAAAGACUCAUGAUGAAGAGGGCAGGCUAAAAUUCCAUUUUCAAUCCUUUGUAUCUUUCAAUGUCGCAAUCAGGAUGAUGAUGGCACUAUGGAAGGCAAGAGCUUUGAGCCCAGAGCAGAAGGCACGGAUAGUUGAAGAAGAAUCCAAGGCUAAAAGCCUCCAGAUACCUGACGAGGAUUCUAUAGACAAAAACUUAGUGGUAGAUGAAGAAAUUGAAGUAAAAUACCUCCAAAGUGAAGAGAUUGAUUUAACCACCGGAGAUGACGAUCCCAAUAUGUCUAUUGCUUAUUCCUCUGUACUUUCUGUUCCUACAGAUUUUUUCAUGGAGUUAUUUAGCGGGAGUGAACUUGACCGAAGAGUUAUGGAGAGGGCUGGCUGUCUUAAUUAUUCUUGCAGCCCUUGGGAAUCCGAGAAUCCUGAAGUGUAUCAAAGACAGCUUUAUUACAAAUUUGAGAAAUGCAUAUCACGCUAUAGAGCUGAGGUGACUAGCACGCAGCAGAAAUCUCUCCUUCCUGAUAAAAAUGGUUGGCUCAUCGAAGAGGUCUUGACACUUCAUGGGGUUCCAUUUGGUGACUACUUCAAUCUUAAUGUGAGGUAUCAGGUUGAGGAUGUGCCAUCAAGAGCCACGGGAUGCAAUGUUCAGGUAUACUCUGGAGUGCAAUGGUCAAAAUAUUCUAAACACCAGAAAAGGAUCACCAAGAACAUUACUUCCAAUCUACGAGAGCGGUUGUUGGUCAUGUUUAGUGCACUCGAGAAGGAAUAUCUCUCGGAACAGCAACUGGAUAGAGCAAGCUGCCAGCAGGGUUCCUAAGCAACUGAAUCCCCCACUGCACGCUUCAUUCCCAUGACUUCUGCUCUGGAACAGAUCUUCACAGUGACGUGCCUGGUAAGGUAUAUAUUAAACAUCAUCGCGAUGUCUGGAUUUUGGUCAGGUUCCAGAUGUAAUUCACAGCUUCUGCUAAUGGGAGACUAAGAGACUUUUGAUUUUGGUUUUUGGAUAUGGCAGUUUACAUUUUGGGUACUCCGGCAUUUGGUGGUCGCAUUUGACACCAACCAAUCUAGAGUCGAGUCGAGUUCAGUUAUGCUCCUUACUAAGGAGCUCUCCUAAAGCCUGUUGCAGGAUAUAGUAACUGAUCCAUAGUCUUUUGGUACAUUUGAGAAGAUACAUACUCAGGUAGAAUGUCUGUAAAGGGGUUUUACCUUAGAAUCCUAGCUGAUAUAGCAUAGUUACUUGCAGAUCUACAACCAUUUUUCUUUUAAUAGCAAAGCUAUGACCACCAAAACUACUAGAGUGGUGUAAUUCUGUUGUUAUAUUGCUAGUGACUAUCAUCACUAGCUCUAGAGUUGAGCAUUUUGCAAACCACAUUCUCUUAUUUGUUAGUUGUAUGUGAAAUUGGGAUAUUUGUUGCAUAAGUUAUAUCUCAUGUAUAGAUUCAGCC